CUAUGUAGAGUGACGCCUGCACGCUUGUAUGGAUGGCAGCAUCCAUAAAGUUAGUAAUUGCAGUGAAGUCCAUUUCACAGCUGGCAAAAUACACGUCAUCUCGGUACUUAUUAGGCUUUUCGACUCGUGAAUUCAAGCUGAAGAGACACCAGCAAGGUAUAGCACAUUUGUUACAAAUCUUUUCGUCGCGAAACUAGCUGACGAAUGGACACAACUGAUUCUGCUUAUCGGUAAAAAUUGUAAUAAUCGUAGUUUUUCGAAGCUGAAACGUCUCAGGCCUCAAUCAACACUAAUUGUUCGGGAGAGUUUCUUUAUUUUGCAAUGCACCCGGUAAAUGUCAAGGUUAACUGUUUAAUAUUAUCUGGAUAAAUGGCAUCGUAUUGAGGAUCCACUGCCUCACUUCGCGUCGAAUCUAAAAUUGAUACAUUUUUACGCUGCAGAGGCUUGUUUUAAAGUGAAUGGAGCCGGUAAUGGCGAUAUCAGUAAUGCUCAACCUCGCCGGAUUCAUCGCUUUCAGUGCAUUUACUUAGCCGCGCUUACCUUAAAACAAUGCUGUUGUUACAAACUGUGAAUCCAUAAUUAACUCUCUGGUAAACUUAGUAUAUACUAUACUAUAACUUAGUGUACGUAUAAGCUCCUGAAGACUACCCUAAAUGAGUUUGAUUUUUUAUCAUUUGAGGCAAUACUUUUUUUUCUCUAAACCCGCAAAUAAAAGUACAGGGUACAUAUUAUACCGGUGGUGCACUACUCUCUUUCCGAGAGGGCGUUACGCGCUCGUUUAUUUAUUAUUGAAACUAUGCUAUCGGGUUACAGUCAUCAGGCCACAGUGCAAUUCUAAUAUAACGAUGUUUCUGUGUUCGGAUGUCCCUAUCUUUUUCGACAUCAAACUCAUAAAUUUAAUAGAACUCAAGUACGUUAUCGAAACCAUACACUCUCGGCCUGCGUGUAUUCCUUAAUAUAUAUGUGCCUUGUGUAUGUGUGUGUGUGUGUGUUGUUAAUAUUCAGUGCAUGGCAAUCAGCCCAUUAUGCAAUGGGCUUGUUGGAAAAUGAUCAUUACACUCGCUCCCUGGAGCAACAGCCCUCGCAAAGAGGUAACCGCAUCAAUCUAUCAAAGUAAUAGUAGGGGUUUGCUAUUAUUCUGGUCGGGAAAAACAGCACUUCAUUAGCAUACAUCCGGAACGGACGCUGCCGGGUAGAAAAUAGGUCCAUCGAUCAACAAGGAAGGAAGUUUGGUUUGCAAUAGCCAAAACAAUUUGUACAAAGUUUUUGUCUCAUAACGCCUGUAGUAUUCUUAUGUCAGCUCCAAAGAUUGACAUUUUUCCCGAACCCAAUUCGUCGGCGACAUAUGUAAUCGUGUCAAAAACGUAGUUAAAGAUAUACAGUACUUCCUAAUGUUCUCAACCAAUUUCCAGUCGCCAAUCACCAGCUAUAGUCUAUAUAAACUAAGCUCGAAGUCCCUUCACGGCUAAUUGUCAACGGGGGCCUCUGUGCCUCUCGGAUAAACAUUCUGUGUCAUGGACCCACAUACCACCUGCACACCUAAUCUGACAGCGAAUCGGCAUUGUGAAAGUGUUGUUACGGUUACAUUCAACGAUAAACAAUAGUCGCAGCAGAACUAAACAUCAUAUGAUCUGACUGAACAUGCAUGUCACUGGCAUCACUAUUCAGCACAGUGCGCUUUACGUCAGUACUUAUUGUUGUUAUUAUUCGAUUACUAGUUGUUAUAUUGUCAUGAAAUUAUAAGUAAUAUAGGUUUGGUGUUGGUAGGUGGGGUCAGCAAUUAGUAAUUUGUAAUUAAUUAUAUCUUCUUGUCAUCUAGCCACAGGGCACUUCUGGCAAAUUUAGCGAAAUGUUUGGCGCUUUUUUGGAGCUUUUUUUGAAAUAGGCAGCUUGACCCCUUUAACGCUUUCGGAUGCACUGCCUCAUUUUGUUGCCUGUCUAUCUUGUGCUUCUUUAAAACUGACAAUUGAGGUAAUAGGGGUGAAAACCCUGUUGAUUUACCUUGCAUGGAAACAUGUGCUACAUUGAACAGUAGCAUCGUUAGGGUAUAGAACAUUGGACCUUUUUGAGACCAUUCAUCUAAAAGGCCAAAGUGAAGAUUACAAAGAAUUCGGCAAGUCGGACAAAUCCAGUAAUCUAGUGUACAGACGUCAUGAUAUACGAUCGCCAUGUCGUUACGAUGCGGCUCGAACUGAGUGUGAUGCAUCGGAACGGCCCUGUGGAUUCCUGUAACUGUCCAACUGAAUCACCGGGAGUGAGUUUCAGUAUCGAUGCGUAGAUGCCGCAGCUGUAAAUAUGAAUUCGUGAGGAGGAGAAGUCCUAAGGUCUUAGGCGGGUCCGGGCCCGAGUAGCGGCGUUGACGAGCGUUAAACAGGCAGACAGAAAAAGCGGUCUCCACGGAAAGCCCAAGUCUGAGGUAGCGAAAAGAAGCGUUUGUGAAGCCUAAGGUCUUCAGACGAAGCAUUCGUAAAGCCCGAGGUUUGCCCUGUGCGUUUCAAGAUAAUUAGAACGCUGCUGGUAAAGCAAGGCUUCAGCAAGUGGUAGCCUCCUUACGGGCAGCAUCAUACAAAAACGACCUCGACUCUGUGGAUGGUAGGACGUUUUAUUUUUAAAGGUUCCUGAAGUUGUGACGUGGCGUUAGCUUGAUGUGAAGGCGUUCGACGCAGAUUGCAGAACGAAUUCUCGCUCUUUGUUAGCACAGGCACUCCUGACUCUCUAAUUACGGCUGUAAACCAUAAAGCCUUAGUGUGAAAAUGGAGCACGACCAGCAGCAGCAGCACGGUGGAGGGACAUCAGCAUCUUCAUCAUCCUCCAAAGACAAAGAUAGGGACAGAGACAAAGAAAAGGAGAAGAAACCCUCAACGGGAACCCCGCCCGGGGGCAAACAGGUAAUGGUGACCACUCCAGGAGCAUCGAAACCAAAACCUGCGUCUCGUAAAAAGCCCUCCAUUCAGGCGGAUCUUGACGUCGCUAAAGAACUGAGCAGAUGUCGCGAUGAGGGGGUAACGCGUCUCGACCUCAGUAGAUCGAAUAUAACCACGCUACCGGCUAACGUUAGGGAGUUAACACACCUCGCCGAACUGUAUUUAUAUGGCAAUAAACUAUCAACACUACCCAACGAAAUAGGCGGUCUUAUAAAUCUGUCAACGUUGGCGUUAAGUGAAAACUCACUAACGUCGCUUCCGGAGUCGUUUGCGAGCCUGAAACAACUGAAGGUGCUCGAUUUACGACACAACAAAUUUACGGAAAUUCCAUCGGUUAUCUACUCACUGCGGUCCCUGACAACACUAUUUUUGCGUUUCAAUCGUAUUCGAGAGGUAUCCGAGAGUAUCUCCGCACUAACAAAUUUGACGAUGCUAUCGCUGCGCGAGAACAAGAUUCGAUCACUGCCAUCUGGAAUUGGCCAGCUUCAGCAGCUGGUGACUUUCGAUGCGUCAAAUAACCACCUUAGCCAACUGCCCGAAGCGUUAGGUAACUGUGUCAACCUGUCGGCUCUUGAUGUGCAACAUAACGAACUCGUCGAUAUUCCUGAGAGCAUUGGCAACCUCAAGAACCUCACUCGACUUGGUCUCAGGUAUAACCAGUUAACAUCAAUUCCCGAGCGGCUAGCAGAGUGCACACUAAUGCAGGAAUUCAAUGUCGAGUCGAACAACAUCUCGGUCCUGCCGGAAGGCCUUCUUUCAUCGUUUACCCAGUUCACUUCAUUGACGCUAUCACGAAAUCAGUUCACGAGCUACCCGACGGGCGGGCCUGGCCAAUUUACCUCGGUCGUCUCGAUCAAUCUCGAGCACAACCAUAUCACCAAGAUACCGUUUAGCAUAUUUUCACGGGCAAAAAAUCUCAGCAAGCUGAACAUGAAGGACAAUCUUCUGUCCUCAUUGCCUCUUGACAUCGGCACCUGGACCAACAUGGUCGAGCUCAACCUCGGUACCAAUCAGCUGGCGAAGAUUCCCGACGAUAUCCAGUACCUGCACUCGCUAGAAGUGUUAGUCCUUUCCAACAAUUUGCUGCGUCGCCUACCCGGCUCAAUUGGCGGCCUAACGAAACUGCGUGUGCUCGAUCUCGAGGAGAAUAAACUCGAACAAUUACCGAACGAAAUUGGGUUUCUCCACGACCUUCAAAAGCUGAUGGUGCAAAGUAACCAACUACAGAAUUUACCGCGCGCCGUUGGCCAUCUCACCUCGCUCAGCUAUUUGAACGUCGGUGAAAACAAUCUUCAGCAUUUGCCCGAAGAGAUAGGUACUCUCGAGUCGCUUGAAUCACUCUAUCUCAACGAUAACCCGCUGCACGCACUGCCGUUCGAACUAGCACUAUGCAGCAAUCUACAGAUUAUGUCGAUCGAGAACUGUCCUCUAAGCCAGAUUCCCGCUGAGAUUGUUAAUGGGGGACCUUCCCUUGUUAUUCAGUAUCUUAAAAUGAAAGGACCAUACCGAACUAUGUAAGGUGACAAAAACGCAUGAUCAUAAUGGCAGAAAACAAAAAGUUUACCGAGAGCUUAGUAGAAAGACAUAAGAUAAUUUUACGUAGAACAGCAAAUAAUUGCAUCACAAACAAUAAUGUUAUCGCUACCAUCAACAACAACAGCAGAUCUCUCGAACAGCUAAAAAAAAUCGUUGUGGGAAGCCGCCAAAAAUGGAAAGGCUUGCAAAAAGGAGUUAGAUCAACCUAAAAGCAGGCGUAAUGAAGCCGUAACAUAACGUACUAACACGAUAAAACGCGCAGAGUAAUGGCAAAUGUCUGGCAUGAAAUUUCAUCACUACUCCAUUUCGGUAGAGUCACAUUUAUACAGUGAUAUUUGGAGGGAAGAAAACGCCUGAUGUUAUGAUUUCAGGCGUGUGAUUGUUUAGGGCGGGGCGCCUCGCUCAAAGACGUCAAGUAGGUGACACCUGCAAUGGUCAACCUGAUGUUUUUAUUACAGAAGCGAAACCUCUCAAUAUGACAACCUAUGCUGAAGGCUAACGGGCUGUUGGAGUAGAGGGCAACCAAACUUGAAGAUGGCUCCCAUAAAUAAGGGGCGCAACUACAGAUACUUACUUUUCAAAGGCCAUCCAUAUAAAAGGGCUAGCAUUCAAGUCUUUGUUGAGUGUUGAUUGUUAAUCUGCAAUUUUUCACAUACAUCUGAACAAGCUUCUAAUGAACAUGACGCAGAUAACGACGAUAUGUAAUAGGUAAGCUACGGACUUAAAUACUGUUCUUUCUCCAUACCUCUUUGUGUGUUGAUGCUGAAUGUCGAGGUGCUCUCCCAUAUAUCUGUCAAAGGCAGUAUGUCAGAAGAAUAUUAGAUAGAGUAAACGAAUAUGGUCAAAACCUGGUAAAGAGAAAAUUGUCAAAGUUUUCACACUUACAUGGUAUAUUUUUAUCAAGACGAACGGUAGUAAGUUUAAGUUUUUAAGGCAAUCAUUAGUAUUGGAUAAACCGAUUAUUAUUUGUCCAUGAAAUGGUUACCGAAGGAACAGCUAAACGAAAAGGCUUCUGUAAAUAAUCUAACACAUGUUUAGCGAUGACGGAUACAAAAUGCACGAAAUAUUCGAAGACAAAGAACAAGUUCCAAAAAGAUUAUCGAUCCAUUUCUAAUUACCAUUGAUCAUUCAUAGAAAGAGUGUAUAGUAUUGAGAAUGAUUGCUACAGAAUAUAAUAACGCCGUUAUUGAAUAUGUAGUCUGAACUGCAGAAACAUAUAUGAACAGUACUUGUACAAGAAAAAAGACAUUUUUAAGAGCUACAAAGAAACAAGUAUGGCUCGAUUGUUCUCUACCGUAUGCUUGAUGACCCGCUCAGCCGGGUGAAGUUGGGACGGAUUUUUCCGGGUGACUUGUCAUCGUUGACGCCAGCUGCUCAUUGUUGCGUCGACGGUAAAAAAGCUACUGGGGGGUGAACGGGAGAUGAAUCAUGGAGUUACUGUUCAGUGAUAGUAGCAUGGGCUUUAUUGGAACAGAUACGUUCGCCCUAUUUCUUUGUGUGCUGUAAUAGAAAUAAGAUCAAAUAGCAAAUAUGUGCAAUGCGGCCAAUACUUGAUGUUGUGCAAGAGAGACAGCAAGAAUAGUAAUUAAUAAGACAUUCAAAUUGACACCUUACACUUUUACGCGCGAACAAGCAAACUGGGUAGAAGCUGAAUCUUGAACCGAUUUAGAGGUACAUGGGCUUGUCGGUACUCUGUGUAGUUUGAAUUUGGCUGCCUAUUAUAUGUUCAUAUGAGACACGGCAGAUGUCAGCGGAUUUGUAUCUGCAUGCGUUCAGUGGGACUCGUCAGGCAAAACUCCGCACAGGUCACUUCGCGUUGUUAGGUCGUAUAAGUGUGCGGAGUGAAUGCAGGAACAAGCUAGCGUACGAAUAUGUCUGAUAAUAAUGCCUUCAUAUGAAAGGAUGAUAAAAUGAGAGGAUGAUCGUUAAACAAAAACGAACGAGUCCGUGAAGAGAGCAGGUUGAAUGUAAAAGCGCAAGGACAUUGGUCAUCGUGGCGCCGCUGUAGUCUAAACAAUUUGCACUGAAAAAAGUACUAGAGACUUGGAAAACACUAGAGAUCUUGAAUAAGAAAUAAAAUGAUCGGCCGGACGCAUGGCUAAAGGAUAAGAAUUUAAAGAAAAUUGAAUCACAGGCUGUUACAGCGGUGGGAAAGUUCGAGCCAACAGCAGCGGCAUGGGAACGGGUGUCCAUGUCGCACAAAGCAUCGUAAAACAUGUAUUACUAAUAUUAGCUGAAUAUGAUGAUAAUGACAACUGUUAAUACUGUUACUGUAAUAAUAAUAGUAAUUCUUAGCUGUUGCUCGGUGGGGCAUCUACAGGCGUCUGUGUGUGUGUGUGUGUGUGUGUGUGUGUGUGUGUGUGUGUGUGUGUGUGUGUGUGUGUG